CUGUUUUCGAAGGCCAAUUGGCACGCACCAACAGACAACCUGCCCAAUGCACGCCUCUUCAGCAUUCUACCAUGGGUCCUUGGCUGUUGGUCUCAACUGACCAACCGGUUGGCAUCAGCCGCUCCUUCCAACUUGCCGGACACGGCAUUCCAGCAUCAUAAACGACGGAAAGACAGUUUCGCAGUUGGUUGACGAGAUCAAAGCCAGUCUCAGCAAGCCUGCAGAUCCCAAUUCCAAGCCCCAGAUGCCUCAGAGCUUUCGAGACGCUGUUGUCCGCGCACGCGUGCAUGGGGGGGACGACCGUUUCCUCGCUGCGAUCCGGGACGAGGAUGUCUGUCACCUCGCAUCGACGCGCCACGGGGGUGGCGGUUGCGUGCUCUUCAAAUCGGCCGUCCGCGGCCUCUGGCCCUGACCUUUGCCAUCGAUGCGGCCGACAAGCUCGAGAGCGAGGCUGCCGCGAUGCGGUAAGCAUAUGCAUCUUCAAAACCGAAACGGUCGCUGUGGACGUCACCAAACUAAAGCCAAGCUGUCUUAGGCUCGUAGCGGAGAGGACGGCCAUUUCGAUAGUUACUCAAGAUCCAUGCCUAUGCCCUCGGCGACAUGUACAUGCAGCUUCGACGCCUCGAGUUUCCCGCGACU